CGUCGUCAAGUUUCUGUGAUCAAAAUCAUAGAGAAUGCCGUUCAUAUCUCAAACGCAGAGACAAUCAGACUACAAUCUCAUACCUCCAAGCUGCCCAAUCGUCAUCGACAAUGGCGCCUCCUAUUUCAGAAUUGGAUGGGCAGGAGAGAGUGAGCCUCGCAUCAUCUUUCGCAACAUUGUUCAAAGGCCGCGCCACAAGAUUACUGGUGAAACGGUGACGAUUGUUGGUGACCAUGAUCCUGCAUUGUUGAAAUACUUUGAUUGCACCCGUUCUGGACCACGUUCAGCAUUUGACAAUAAUGUUGUCUUCCAGUUUGAGAUAAUGGAAUAUAUCCUUGACUUUGCAUUUGAUAGAUUGGGGGCAGAUCAAACUCCGAUCAAUCAUCCUAUCCUUAUUACAGAGUGUGCAUGCAACCCAGUACAGUCACGUAGUAAAAUGGCUGAACUUCUGUUUGAAACAUAUGGGGUUCCUUCUAUUGCUUUUGGUGUUGAUGCUGCUUUCAGCUAUAAGUACAAUCAACAACUUGGAAUUUGUGACAGAGAUGGUCUUGCAAUUUGCUCAGGAUUUACCACAAGCCACGUGAUCCCGUUUAUCAAUGGAGAGCCUGCUUACGAAGCAUGCUGUCGUACCAAUGUUGGUGGUUACCAUGUCACCGAUUAUCUGAAGCAACUUCUUUCACUUAAGUACCCCCAUCACAUGUCAAGGCUUACAUGGGAGAAAGUAGAAGAAUUGAAGAUGGAACAUUGUUAUAUUACCCCAGACUAUGCUUCUGAAGUUAGAUUGUUUCAGAAAGGGGCAAAAGAAGCUGAAGAGAAGACCAGAUGUUGGCAACUUCCAUGGACGCCAACACCAGUCGAAGAGCCACCUUCAGAAGAGGAGAUUGCUAGGAAAGCAGCUUUAAAGGAAAGACAGGGCCAAAGGUUGCGGGAAAUGGCGGAGGCAAAGAGAUCUUCAAAAAUAAAUGAACUAGAAAAUGAAUUGAAGGGCUUGGAGUUUCUUAUACAUCAACUUAGACAUGUAAAUGGAAAUGAUAUUCCAUCUUUUCUAGCUGAGACCGGUUAUGUCUCUAAGCAAGAGAUUGAAGCUGCUAUCGUCAAGGUAACACAAUCAUUGCGGAAAGCUAAGGGAGAACAAGAUGAAAUUGAGGAGAAACCAGAUCCUUCUACAACAGAAAAGUAUACCCUCAUUGAUAUUCCUGACAACAUGCUAACACCAGAGCAGCUCAAGGAAAAGAAGAGACAGCUGUUUCUUAAAACCACAUCCGAAGGACGGCAGAGAGCGAAGCAGAAGCGUUUUGAAGAAGAGUUAGAGCGAGAAAGGCGUAACAAGGAAGAUGAACAGAGACGCCUAGAGAACCCAGAGCUUUACAUGGAGCAGUUGCGAGUGAAAUACAGAGAUCUGUCUGAGAAAGUUGAACAGAGAAAACGACUCAAGACAAAUGGCAACCAUGGCAAUGAAAGCAACAAUGUGUCUGGAGGUGUUGGUCGUGGGGAGAGACUGAAUGCUGCCCAAAAGGAAAGGAUGCGUCUCUUGACAACUGCAGCGUUUGACAGAGGGAAGGGCGAGGAUACUUUUGGAAUCAAAGAUGAAGAUUGGCAAUUAUACAAGAAAAUGAGCAAAGAUAAUGAUGACGAGGAUGAGGGACCCAAUGAAGAUGAGGCAGAGCUGGCUCGAGUUGCUUCUAGACUCCGGGAAAUAGACCCUACAUUCUUUCCAAAAUCAGAAGCCAGCUCCUCAGGUGCUGAACCUCCGCGUUUCCGUCCAUUAACAAAGGAAGAUUUCCAGAUACUAAUUGGUGUGGAAAGAUUCAGGUGCCCCGAGAUUCUUUUUCGCCCGAACUUAAUUGGAGUCGAACAGGCAGGGUUAGAUGAGAUGGUUGGUGUAUCAAUACGGAGACUGCAGCAAUCGAGAAGUGAAGACAUAGAAGAGAACAUGACGAAUUCAAUCCUCAUCACGGGAGGGAGCUGUCUUUACCCUGGGAUGAGCGAACGAGUAGAGGCUGGAGUCCGUAUGAUGAGGCCAUGUGGAAGCCUUAUAAGGGUUCUAAAAGCCUCAGAUUCAGUCCUUGAUGCAUGGCGUGGUGCUGCUUCCUUUGCGUCCACCAUGCAUUUCCCACGACAAGUUUUCAACAAGAAAGAUUAUUACGAGAAAGGUGAAGAUUGGCUUCGUCAAUACCAGUUGAAGUACGCAUUUUAGUUUCUGGUGAACUGAAAUUGGAUGCAAGUUUUUCAACUGUCUAAAUCUGUUGUUUAUAAUUGAGUUGCACUGUGUAAUUUAAUAUAAUUGAUUUUUUCUGGUUCAUAUAGCUUUCUAUCACUUGUUA